AUGCCGCCGAUCGUGCUCAAAAUUCGACAGAAGGUGUCGGAAUGGACGGUUCCUCGACCAAGAAAACUCGGAUUCUUCACUGUCCCGAUUGACAUUCGAUACCAGAUUUACAAGCUUGUUCUGAUUGACCCAGUCCUUCGAUGGGACAAGAGACAUAAGCUGAAUUGCGUCUGCAAAACCUUCAACCCUCGAAUGUCGGAGCCGCCACCGUUCCUCAUGAUCUCGGUUAACAUCGAUGAAAGAGGCGUCACCACUACUACAGAUUGUGAUUGCGCCAAAAGAGAGGGAAUGAACUUGCUUUUAGCCAAUCGUCGGGUGCAUGAAGAGGCAGCCCCAAUGUUCUGGUCUCACAACACCUUUUGCUGCUUGGCCGGAUGGGACGUGAUCGGUGCAACUGACUACGCCCUGCGUCCCGAAACACUUACCUGGAUCAAGCACAUCAGCAUUACGAACACGAGCUUAUCCUUGAAUCCGUCAGGACACGUCAAAUACUUCGGUGCGACCGGCUUGGAAAGAGAUGAAGAUUGGCGGGAGUCCCUAUUCUGGGGUUCCGUUUCAAAAUUGUCGGCGCUGUCAUCAUUGCAAGUUCCCCCAUAUCUCCUCUUCGGGAAGGAGUUCCACGAGUCGCACAUGGCGGCUUGGCUCUCCAAUCCGAAACUCAAGAUCGAAAUGCUGGGCCUCAUACCAUUCUGCCGGGACCCCGACGUGGAUGUCAUCGGCUAUGCAGGCUUGGACACAGAAGAAUCUUGUAUGCACUGGUCGACAAUCUACGUCCAGACCGCUCGAUCUCUUGAUAUCACACCAUCGCGAGACUCCUGUUUCGAUUACUGUUGUCACAGCCGGUAUGUGACAUUCUUCGACAUAUUGCUCGAUCUAGAGACUAUCGUCAAGACUCGUUUUUUUGGAGCGGACCCAAACUAUCUUGUCAACUGGCAGGAUUUCUGGAGGAUCCCGGAAGGCUUUGACGAGUUCAACAACCAGCAGGACAUUUACAUCGCUCUUGAAGGCUUUCCUGAGGACGUCGAGGUUCCAAUCAAGCUUUAUGGCUUGCCGUCUUCCAAGCAAACGGAGACACGCCGCGCCCAAGAAAAGGCUGCUCGUGACGCUCAGCAGAGAGCUAUCAACGGCUUGACCGUGGAGCAAAACAAGGUGCACGAGGCAAGUCGCGAUCACAAACGUUUUUGGCGACGCUGUCUGCAGAAAUUGGACAUGGGGCGCUGGAACAGGUACUAUUAUGUCGACAACCCUUGGAUCAAGGACUCAAUAUGGGAUCCCAGAGGCAACCCCUCGCCCCAGCCACUGCCCAAUAGAAUCGAGGCUCUCGAGAGGAAAGCCAAAGAUAAAGCCAAGCGUAAAUCAGAGAAGUCGAACGCAGAGGCCAGGAAGAUUGAGCGGAAGAGGGUUCAUGGAAAAAGACAUUGA